AUGAUUCUUAUAGUAUUCAUUUAUGUUUGGUGGUGGCUAAUGUUGGGCCUUUGUUCUGUUCACUGUUCACCAGAAUUCACUAACGGCAACGAACCACAAUCUCAACAGAAUAAACACAACAACAACAACAAUAACAAUAAGAAUGAUUCGUGGAUCAUCUAUUCAUUUCAAUCGUUUGAUCAUAAUCCAUCGAAACAUAAUGAAAUUGAUAUGAGAAUUCAGAAUAUUGAUAAUAAUCCUAAAAAGAAUUUAACGCCAUCGGAAACAUUAUUGUAUCAUGGUUAUAUACCACCUGUCAAUCAUCUUGAAGAUCCAAAUGGUAUUAGUGAAAAUGAGAAAAGAGUAUCGGAUGAACCGACCACCGAAUUUUAUCAUUCUUCAAUUUAUGAUGAUAUUUUAAAAUCCAAUAAUUCCGGAAUGAUUGGUGAAACAAAAGAGAUACAGAAUCCACCUGAUUCAAUUCAAGAUCUUUUAGAACCGGCUGAAGCUAGAAGUACAAAUCUACCGGAAGAUGAUCCAUCCGAAGAUAAUGCAACAAAUCAAUCACCAGAUGAUGAUGAAGAUUUUGGACCAGAUCCAGUAGAUGAUGAUACUGAUGAUUCGGAGAUUAUUAUGCCACAAAUAUUUUUAUGGAGCAAUCCAAUCGAAACCAUCAAUGAUGAUCCAGAUGAGAAUGGUGAAAAAGAGGAUGAUUUCAAUCUAGAUGAAACACAAUUUGAUCAAGAAUAUCCUGAUAUGUUAGAUCCACAAGCAAGUUCACCAAUGGAAACAUCAGCAAGUGUUAAACAUGAAAUUACCAAUCAGACAAACAUGUUCGUACCAAUUCAUGACAAUACUGACAACAAUGCUAAUAUCGACAACAAUACAGCAAAUGUAGAAGCUAUUGUAACAGGUGAAACAAUUAUAAUCAAAUGA